AUGGAAUCCGUAGCCACCACCUCGAUUGAAGAUGGACAGACACCAUCGACAGAGAGCAAACGAGGGGGUUCUCAUGAUUGUGAAACCCCAUCACAGCUUCAAUAUGCAUUUCUCUUUGUGGCAUUAGCACUGUCCUCAUUAGGACUUGGAGGCACAAGAUUCACAAAUGCAACAAUGGGAGCAGAUCAAUUUGAUAAGCCAAAUAAUCAAGGAUCAUUCUUCAGUUGGUAUUGUUUUGCCUUGUAUCUUGCCAGUGCCAUGAGCUGCACUACUAUCAUUUAUAUUCAGGAUAGUGUGAGCUGGGGAUUAGGGUUUGGCAUUUGUGUCAUUUCAAAUGUAAUUGGCUUGGCUAAGCCAUUUGUUUUUGUUGGGAAAAUGGUUUUAUGGGCACACCAAGCCGAAAGGAAGUCCUUUCGUGAUCAUUGCUCGUCAAUAAAAAUUGAAGGUGACCGAUUACUGGAUGGAUCGAAUGCAAGAUCUUGGUGGCUAUGUACGGUGGAGGAAGUUAAGGAUCUCAAAACCCUGAUCAAAACCAUGCCACUAUGGUCUACUGGCGUUAUCAGUGAUAGGGGUGUUGAACUUCGGGUACUUUCUAACUACCGAAAUUUUAAGAGGCAGGUUGAUGAGGCUUCUGGUCUUGUUCAUGACAGCUAA